AUGCCUGGUUCAUCAUUUCUCCCCGCUAUCCCCGCUUCGUUACCGAGCUACCCAAAACAUCAUUCGUUUCUUUACUCUCCUCCGGCUCAGACGCAUAGCUAUAGUAAUACCAAUAACUACGAUUCUGAUGAGGACGUCAUGCGCAACUCUCUCUACUCCGAUACUGCUUUCCGUACUUCAUUGGCUGGAAGCCGGAAACGAGGCCUAGCAGAUGACGAUGCUGAAGACAGCCCGAGAGGGAAACGUGUAGAGAUGGCCGGGGAUGAUGGUCGUCCAGCUGCCAAACGGCGAAUUAUCGAUGUUGUUGGAAGCGUGGCGAGUAGAGUGUGGGAGUUUUGCAUCAGCAAAACCCCCUUCUACUCAGGAGUCGAGGAGAAUCUUCAAGGGAAAGAAGAAAUGGCAUUCGAGCGGAUCAGGGGGGCUGGGAACGUCGGUAUGGGAAUGCAACAAAAUUACUUUGCUUCCGCUCCGUCGCCAUCAACCACAUAUUGCCCUCCAGAGGUGGUCCAGCAGGAGGAAUCAAAACAAGAUCAUACUGGUGGACUGUCAUCCCGCUGGGUCAUGGUGUCUCCCACCCCCGUUGCGUCCACGGCUUCUUCGCGCCCCGCAACUGCUACCCAUAUCCCGCUGAAUGCUGCCUCAAGGAUUCCACGCCCUUACACAGCGCCAAACAUUUACACCACGCCUCCAUACUCACCCACCAUCUAUGCGACCACAGCAACCUCAACAACCACUGCCACUGCCACUGUAACACAAACAAAUCCAACAAAUACAGCUCCCUCGAGAGCCAGGAGGAACAGCACGGCUUCUAACACGUCAACCCCACGGAGACCGCCAGCUAGGCCAGUUGUUGCCGCGAGCAGUCGGGCAAAACGACCUGCGGUGGUGAGAACUAGGCAUUCGCAAGCGUCGUCUGUUGCAGCGCCCGGCGCCUAUCCGGCGCCUCCGCAGUCCGCUUUCACCUUUGAUGGCGCUCCUGGGCGGGCAGCAUCAUCAGCUAGCACCCGCUCCUCGAGGCGUCGAUUGACGGGAGGUAGCAUUUCUGGUGGUAGAGCUGUAUCUAUCGGCAGCAGUUAUGGUGGAAGCUUCGGUGCCGGAUUACCAAAAGACGACGAUGAGGACGAGGCAGAUGAGAGCAUCAGAAGAUUCAACGAAAAGUUGAAGGAUAUGAUCAGAGAAGGAAGAGAGGCACUCGGGAGUCGCAUUGAGGUUACUUAUGACGACGAUGAAGAUCUAGAAUCCUUCUAG